AUGGCCGAAAAAACAUUCCGCGAGUACACCACCGACCAGGGCAAAGAAUACGCCCAGAGCAGACUCGACUACCACCCCAAGCUCUACGACACCGUCAUCAACCACCACAAAUCCACCGGCGGGGGACUCAACGCCCUCCUCGACGUCGGCUGCGGGCCAGGCAACGUCGCCGCCGCUCUCAGCAAGCACUUUACGCACUCAACAGGCCUAGACCCAUCCGAGGGCAUGAUACAGACCGCACGAUCCAUCUCAGGCAAGAAUGGCGCAAUCCGCUUCGAGGUCUCCACAGCCGAAGAGCUAGGCAGCAGCCUUUCCCCGCCCAUUGCCGACGGCUCAAUUGACCUCAUCACGGCCGCAACGGCCGCGCACUGGUUCGACAUGCCUGCCUUCUGGCGCGCCGCCGCCCGCGUCCUCAAACCGGGCGGGUCGGUUGCGAUUUGGGGCAGUGGGAAUCUGCGUGUUGAUCCGGGGACUCCGAAUGCGGCGGCGAUCCAGGAGCGUAUUGACCAGUUCGAGGAGGAGAUACAGCCUUAUUUCCUGCGGGGGAAUGUGCUUACGAGGGGGUUGUAUAAGGAGCUUGGACUGCCGUGGAGUGUGGAACCGGCGGUGGAGGGGUUUGAGGAGGGGGAGUUUUGGAGGAAGGAUUAUGAGAAUACGGAGGAGUUUUUGGCUGUAGGGGCGCCGAAGGUGGAUCUUGUGGCGUUUGAGAGGAUGUUGGGGACGAUGAGCCCUGUUACGAGAUGGAGGGAGGACCAUCCUGGGGCUGAGGGGACGGAGGAGGAUGUUGUGAGGAAGUUUAGGAGGGACAUUGAGCGGUUGUUG